AUGAUAUUCAAUUUUAGUAAUGCAAAUGAAAGAGUUUAACAAAAUAAUACUUUUUAUAAUAAUACUCAACCCUAUAAUUUAACAACAUUAAAUUUUACUAUAAAUAAUAAUGAGACUUCAUUCGCUAAUGAAUAAAGUUAUUGCUUAAAUAGGAUUAAUAACACACUAAAUAAUUCUGCUUUUAUUGAUGAUAAUAUCAAUCACAAUUUAGAUUUAAUCAUUUAACCAUCAAAUUUACCAAGUGUUAUACCUUCUAUGAAUCCUACUCAUCGAAGAUUCAUCCUUUCAGGAAAUAUUUAGAAAAGUAAGAAUCCUAACUCGAAUAGACUCUUGAGUUGGAAUGAAGAAUACCAAAAAUUAAUUCUAAAUAAAGAAGAAAAUGAUAGAUUCUACUUUAUCAAAAUACUAAAUCCCUUUUCUUAAGAAGUUUUAGACCUUGAUCAAGAAGAAAAAAGUUAAAAUCUUCCUGACUAAGGUUGUGAAUAGUAAAAUGUUAAUGAAAAAACAGAUGAUAAAAAUCUAAACUCUUAAAAUAAUUAAACUGAAAAUAUCUAAAAUAAUGUUGACGUACAAAUUUUGGAUAAUAAGCAAAUUGAAAAUAAAAAAAAUGUUUAAAUGAAAAAAUCUAAAUUCAAAAAAAAUGAAAACAAAAAAAAAAUAAAUGCAAAUUAAAAUAUGGAGAUAUAAAAUAAGAUAGAAAAAUAAGAUAACUAAACAGAAAACGAUGAAAGCUAUGAGGAAGAAAAAGAAAAUAUUUGCAAACACACUGAAGCCUAAAAUAUAUAAAUUGGAUAAAAAAAUCAAGAAAAUGAAAUAAUUAUUUAAUAAAGCUAUGAAAAAAGUAAAUUUGAAAGCUCAGGAAAUGACAUAUUAAUAAAUUAAAAUGAAUUAACUAUCCCAAAAUAGACAAGUGAAAAAAAAAAGAAAAUUCCAUAGCAGUAAGAUAAGUUGUCUAAAAUACUCAAAAACAGUGCAUUCUAAUAUAGUGAAGCAGAUUCCCCUAAAAGUAAAGGGGUUAAUACCCUUGAAAAAAAUAAGACAUAGUAGAAAGAAAUGAGAAGAACUUUGAAGGAGUUUUUUUCUUAUUCAGAUUUGAUUCCUAUAGAAUUAAAGACCACAUCUAAAUGGAAAGUUUCUAGACUGAAGCGAUUUCUAUUUAGCACAGAACUUUCAAGUUGUAAAUUUGCAAAGCUAAUCUACCAAGGGAAAGAACUUAAAGACCUAGAUAUGAUUUAUGAUUAUAAAAUCCUCCCAGGCCACACUAUUUAAGCUGUACUCUAAAAGGAAGAAAUCUUGAGUUAAUUUUACACUAAUUCAGAAAGGAGAAGACUAGGCCUAAAUUAGGUAUUUCCAUAAAGCCUAGUUUAAGAUUUAGGAGAUGAUCCCAGAAUGCUAUUACCUCAACAAAAUUCAGGAUAAAAUUAUUAAAACGUUAGAUAAUCCUCUUAAAUUUAGCAGUAAUUGAUAAGAGAGUAAUAGCAGAGAAAUAUAUUUAGCAUUAUGAAUCAAUAGGGAUUUGACAAAUUAAAAGAUUAGCAUAACAUUUCUGAUAAAGAUAUUAUUGUUUAAAGAGUAUAUUUUCACUGCAAAGCAUAGCUUGCAAGAGAUAAUUACUAAAAUAUGUCUGAUUUGAUGACAAGAGAAGAAAAAUGGCUAUACAAUAAUUUUAGAAAGGUAGAUUCCUAUUCUAAAUUUAGGAGUUAUGACUUCAAAAAAGAAUAAAAUUUUCCAUACAGCUAAUCUUUCUUAAGAAACAUGACAAAUUCAAACUAAGAAUCUCAAAAUGGUAAUUAAGAAAAUAACUAAGAAAAGAAUCAUUAUGAAAUCUUUUUAUCUCUCAUACUAGUUCGUUUUUAAUGA